AUGCACAUGGAGCAAGGCUGUGGAGUAUUAGACGGCGCCAAAACCGGUCUGCCGGCGUUCCAUGAGCUGACUAGCAGCACAACUAGACACAACUGCAGUGAACAAGCAAAGUUCAUCAAAGUCCAGAGGGACCUGGUUGAAAGCAAAAUUAAGAAAAUAUUCGAGGCGUUUCGUCACUUUCUGCAGGUUGAGGAGGAGGCCAGAUUGUCUGCUUUGAGAGAGGAAGAGAACAAGAAGAGUCAGAUGAAGAAGAAGAUAGAAGCUCUCAGCAGAAACAUGGCCGCUCUCUCAGACUUGAUCAGAACCACAGAGAAGCAGCCGGCAUCUGAUCCCAUUUCCUUCAUGAAGAACUUCCAAACUGCAAUGACCGCAAUCCAACUUCUGCCCGACAAGCCCGAGCUGCUCCCAGGAGCUCUGCUGGAUGAAGCCAAACACGUGGGCAACUUCGAGUUCAUCGUGUGGGAACGGAUGAAGGAGAUGGUGUCCUACAGUCCCGUGAUUCUGGAACCGAACACGGCCAAUCAAGAACUCAGUCUGUCUGAAGAGAUGACCAGUGUGAGUUUUAAAGUUGGGGAGCAGCGUCCGAAAAACCCAGAGAGGAUUCUAACUGGAACGUUCGGUUCUGCUUUGGGCUCAGGAACACACAUCUGGGAUGUUGAGGUGGGCGACAACAAAGAGUGGGAAGUGGGGGUGCUGGGGGAGUCUUUUGGGGGACCGUUGGAGGGCAGUGUCCAAAGAAUCCAGAGAGGAUUCUGGACUGGAACCUUGUGCUUGGUUCUGCUCUGGACUCAGGAACACACAUCUGAGAUGUUGCGGUGGGAGACAGCUCUGACUGGCUCCUCGGGCUGUCGAGUGGGGACCUAA